AUGGCAUACCAAAUCUCCCGAAGCGCAUUUCGAUACAUGGACGAUGCUACUUUUCGCUCUGGUCCUAGCGUUGCUCCAGCAUAUGGAACCAGUCGAUCAAAAGACCCACGCAUUCCUCGCUCCAUCUACUCACCUGCGCGGCAAUCAGAGUACGGUCGAGCUAGUCAUGCCUAUGGUAUGGCAUACGAACAAGGAUCUCCGUACGAAAGUGAUAUGUAUACACAUGGUCGCGACCCGAGACAUCUCGGAGGAGACAUCAUUCAAAGGACCAAUCAAGAAGCCGCUCUACAAAACAGUUCACAAUAUCACAUAUCUCAGCACGCCGUGGUCCAUCCGAUAAUGUGCAACGAUGGUGGCUUUCCCUCGGGAUUCUCCAUGCCUAGACCGCUGGUUGACUUGAUGUCGAUGAGUGAGCAUUCCAUUGAGCAAAUUCUUGCGGAYUAUGGAUUACCGGCUGGGAAUACUCGGUACUCGAAUGAUAUGUAUGGUCGAGAGAGCUCGAGAGCGAGGAAGUUGACGAGCCUUGCGACGUUGUUGGAAUUCUUGGGUGCGAGACAGUUGGCGGAGGCUGUGAGGCAGAGAGGGAUGAUGCAGAUGGAUUCACGGAGGAAUGAUAGGAUGAUGCUGCAGUAUUGA